AUGGUAAUCGAAAAGAUGCUGAAAUAUCUUCUGUUCCUCUCUGGCGCCUCUCUACUGCCCAUCCACGCCUUCUGGUGGGCUCCUCCGGCGGCAACCACUACAACACAUUCUGAUUGUUCCAGUAAAUCGCCACCGCUGACCCUCAAGCAGAUACCACUCACGUACUUCCGCACCUACACUUACCAACCGCUAGCGGGCAAUCCUUUUGCCGCCUUUCCUUACUACCAUCAUACGGCGAGUGCCUUACAGUCGCCGCUGCUUGCAGGCCCCACUCGUUACGAGCAUACCGCAUACAUGCCUGUCGGUGGAUAUCCCGUAAGUUUGGCACUACAACAACAGCAGCAGCAUCAACAGCCACAGGCAAGUGUAGGUGUGGCAUAUCAACUGCCACAACAGCCAGUGUUGCAUACGAAGCCGCUACCAAGUCCAACAACUACAACAAGCACUACCACUAAGAAGCCCACAACAACCAGCACUACCACCACCACCACCACCACAACUACAACAACACCAUCGCCACCAUCAACGACCGCCAGCAGCACCAGAAGCACAACUACAAGCUCGCCUUUGUCGGCAGGUUUUAUCCAAAAUUUACCAAUUUAUGACGGUGCUCCAACUCACCUUCAUUCGUCUCCCUAUCCCUAUCCGACCUACAAUAGGCGCGCCUACAUGGGCUAUAAUUCGCCCUACUAUCGCGCUGCUUAUCCAUACCCGGACUACUCCAUUUAUAAGACCGGGUCAGCGACGCGUUUCAACAGUCAUGGUGGACCAAUACAAUUUGUGCCUUGCAUGUGUCCGGUUAAUGUGGCUGCGCCAGGUGCAGAAGGCAAUGCAGCGCUCUCUUUACAAGGACGCACCACUGGCGGUGGAGAUGAUGAUUUGACGGUACUAGAGCGCACCGAAGAUAUGAAUGUGCCUGACGAACAAAGAGUGGUUGAUGAGGAAGGUGGGCGGAAAAAAGAUGUUGCAGCUGGAGCUCAGAUUGUGGUAGAAACACAAGUGGGCGGAAAGGUUGAAGCAGAAAGUGAAUUGCUCCCAAAGCUGCCGCACGAGAUGACGACUAUCAUUGAAGAGAAAUCGGGUGCGAAUAAGAGUCAGGAGGAAGCUGUAAGGGCGACACAUGAAACAGAGAGGCAGAAGGUCGUAUAA